CUAAUAAAGAUUUGUUGCCCGCAUCCGCCCUAGACAUUGCCAAACCGUCGAUCUACAAAACCCUAGCAAGUCCAAGCCCUCCCGUACUAUCUAUCUCGCCCUGCCCUUAAGAUUUUGUGAGAGCAAAACGGCCGUCGACAAUGGCGUACAGGGAUCAUACGGUGCUUCAGGUUUCUUCUUCUUCGUCCACCGCUAGGGUUCACCCGCUCGUAAUAUUCAACAUUUGCGACUGCUAUGUCCGGCGGCCGGACCAAGCAGAUCGAGUAAUUGGUACACUUCUUGGAUCAGUGUUAUCCGACGGUUCCGUCGAUAUUCGCAAUUCCUAUGCCGUUCCACAUAGUGAGUCACAAGAUCAGGUUGCUUUGGACAUUGAUUACCAUCAUAACAUGCUGGCAUCCCAUCAGAAGGUGAACCCAAAGGAAGUCAUUGUUGGCUGGUUCUCUACUGGAUUUGGAGUUUCAGGAGGCAGUGCACUAAUCCAUGAAUUUUACUCUAGAGAAGUCUCCAAUCCUGUACAUUUGACUGUUGAUACAGGAUUCGAAAAUGGGGAGGCUACUAUCAAAGCUUUUGUUUCUGUGAAUCUGUCACUUGGGGAUCAGCCUCUUGCUGCACAAUUCCAUGAAAUUCCAUUGGACUUGCGUAUGAUUGAAGCUGAGCGGGUUGGAUUUGAUACGCUGAAGAAGACAUCUGUUGACAAACUUCCCAAUGACCUAGAUGGAAUGGAAGCCUCUAUAGAGCGAUUGCUAGCUCUAAUCAGUGAUGUUUACAAAUAUGUUGAUGAUGUUGUGGAAGGACGUAUUUCACCUGACACUAGUUUGGGAAGACUUUUGUCUGAGACCGUAAAUGCUAUUCCUAAACUAUCACUGCCAGAAUUUGAUAAGCUUGUCAAUGACGGCCUUCAGGAUCAAUUGCUCUUGCUAUAUUUAUCAAGCAUCACUAGCACACACCUUAGCUUGGCAGAUAAGUUGAACACUGCUGCUCAGAUCCUGUAGCUCUGCUAUUGUCUUUUUGCAAGGGUUGCCAGUUGUGACACAAUGUGGGGCUCGGGUGGUGUAUUGUCCCUUACUGGUUUCUAGUUUUGAGAUUAUGUACUCUGUUUUCUCUCUUUUUUCAUGAUAUUCUCUCCCAACUUUAUGUUGAUAACUCCUGAUGAACCCUUCACACAUUCCAAGUCUCUAAUAUUUCUUGCAAUUUUUAAUGUCCUUGAGAAAGGAUAGGAUGCUAAAGAAAACCCUAGAAAAAACAUGACAGUGUUCU